UAUGACUGAAGUUGGACCAAUAAUUUAUAUAUAAAAAAAAUAUCUUAAUAGGAUUGGAGGUGUUACGUUGACUAUGGCAUAAGCUAACCAUUAAAGGAGAUUAUUAUGCGUCUCUUUUCAUUGUCAUUAGUAUAGAAUUCAUAAUGGAAAAUAAUGCAGAGAAUAUUUAAUGUUGUCUCAAAACGGUAACAAACUAGGUUAGUUGAUAUUCACAUAUCCUGUUGGUAUUUUAUGCUCUUAAUAUGUUUCUUUUCAAGUUAGUUUGUAGAGUUUAGUUCAGAGUAGGAAAUUGCAAAGACUAUAAUCUAUAUUUGAAUGUAUCCAAUUGUACGUCAAUAAAUUCCGCUAAAUUUUUUACUAUAGAAAGUAUUAAUGAAACACCCCCUAAGUUACUCAUAAUUUUUUUUUUUCCUUUUUUUUUUUUUUUUUUUUUUUUUUUGAUAUCGAUUUCUUCUACUACAUAUGGAGUUCCUACCGAUUGCGUUAAUUUAGCUCUCAACUUUACAAGUACGUCGACUCCGUAUUAAACAUUAGUAGAUCAAUUUCUUACAAAAAAUUUCAAAGCUCUUUUAUUUACCAUCUCAAUUUUUACCAAUGAGUGUCCACAUCAACAACUUAUUAGGACCAUGAAACCCUUUCAUGGCAGGUUAGCAACAUCUUUGAAAUGGAUUCAUUCUUUCACACGUUCAAAUUCAUCUUUAUCACUCAAAACUUCCAUAAAUUCAUCUCAAAUUCUGGGAAAACUCUCAAACCCUUCUCAAAUGAAGCAGAUUCUUGCCCAAAUUAUCAUUCAGAAUCAACAUUUGGACCAAUUUUAUCUUAUGAAGUUCAUUGAUAUUUGUGCUACUUCAAAUGGGUUUACUUCCUCUGCUGUUAUUUUCUCUCAAUUUCAUGAAUUUUUCGACUCUUUUGUUUGUAAUUCAGUUCUUAGAACUUAUACCCAUUUAAAGAAAUACUGGCAUUCAAUUUUUGUGUAUGUACAAAUGCAUAAACAUGGUAUAUCCCCUGAUUUAUUGACUUUUCCUGCUGUAAUUAAAUCAACUGCUCAUUUGGGUCGUCGUAGAUUAGGGAAAUCAUUGCAAUGUUGCGUAAUUAAGAUGGGUUUUGGUUCAGAUUUGUUUGCAAAUACUGCACUUGUUCAUAUGUAUUGUUCUUGUUUGUCGAUUGAUGAUGCCCGCAGAGUGUUUGAUGAAAUGCCUGAGAGAAAUUCUGUUUCUUGGAACGCGUUAAUUACUGGUUAUGUACAUGGAAGGCGGUUUUUAGAGGCGUUUGAUGUGUUUAGGGACAUGAUGAGGGAUGGGGUAGAGUUAAGGGAGGUGACUAUGGUGGGGCUAUUAUCGGCUUGUGCUAACUUAGGAGCUCUGGAUCAUGGGAGGUGGGUUCAUGACUAUAUAAGACAAAAUGGGUUGGCGUUGAAUGUAUAUGUUGGCACUGCUCUUAUUGAUAUGUAUUCAAAAUGUGGGAAUCUUGAAGAAGGUUUUAAGGUUUUUAAGGCAAUGAAGGUUAAAAAUGUGUGCACUUGGAAUGUUUUGAUUUCUGCAUACUCGAUGAAUGGACGAGGAGAGGAUGCUUUAAUGGCAUUUUAUAGCAUGGUUUUUGAUGACUAUAAGCCUGAUGAUGUUACAUUUUUGGCUGUUUUAUCGGCUUGUUUUCAUGAAGGUCUUGUUGGUGAGGGCAGGUCUCAUUUUAGAAGUAUGAAAGAGGAGUUUGGAGUGGAACCAAAGAUGGAGCAUUAUGGUUGUAUGAUUGAUCUGCUCAGCCGUGCUGACUUAAUUGAUGAAGCCAUGGAACUAAUUAGGACCAUGCCAUUGAUUCCAGACCCGACCAUUUGGAGGGCAUUGCUUCGUGCCUUUCAAUUUCGUGAAAAUUUCCAUUUGGUUGAACUUGUGAUUCUGAAACUCGUUGAACUAGAACCACAGAAUGGAGAUAACUUUUUCUUAUUGUCAAAUCUAUGUAUACAACAGCAAAGAUGGGCAGAAGUUGAGAUAGUGAGGGAAAUGACGAAGGAUAGAGGUAUCCAGAAUCUUCCUGGCUACAGUUCAGUUGUUAUCAACAGUGAAAUUUAUGAGUUUAUUGCAUCAUAUGAUAUUAAACCUGGACUUGAGGAGAUAUAUAAAGUUUUGGCGUGUAUGGCCAAGAAUCUAAGAUUAUCAAGUUGUGUUACUGAUAGUGAAAUGUUGUAGCAUGAUCUUGUUGAAGAGAACAUUUUUUGGUUGCCUCUUCUCCUUUUGUAAAUUAGCUAUUACCUGGAUAUUAAUCUUCAUAAGAUUUUGGCCAAAGUUACAUAUUUCUGUUCUCCGGGAUAGAUUGGAGCUUGGUAAUUGGUAUCUCACUUAAAAGCCAAAGCCAAGAAACUUUAAAUGACUCAGGCUUACCCCUCAUGAAAAUUUUCAAUUUAUUGUCAGAGUGCUCUGGUAAUGCCUGAACCCCUUCAAUUUUUUUAUUUUUUUUUUGACACACUGAACAUGUCACUAUGCUAUGUCUUGUUAAUUUGUGGACUGUUGGUCCAAGUUUUCUUCUGAACAGGUAAAUGUGUGUCACAAACUGAUGACUUUAGUAAUUUUUAUCUUGUUAAGAGGCUAUUUUAAAAUUUCGAUGAUAUGUAAGAUGGAUUAUAGGAAGCUGCUGCAUGAAAAUCAAUGGAGCAGCACUAAUUAUCAGAUUAAAUUCACAUUUUACUGAGACGGACAACAAAAACUAGCUGGAAUAUGAUUCAACAAAUUCAAUAAACUCAUAUUGGAGCUCAUCCUCUUCCAAAACUUUUGCAGCAAGGUGUUGGAAUCAUUUGUUAGGUCAUCACGAGGCUGUGUUUUGGGGAGCAUAUAUGCUGAAUCUGAACAAGGCAGUACUUUGUGCGACCACUAUCAUCAAUACACAAAAAAGAAAAUAUGUCAACCUCGAAUCUUUCGCUGGAACACUGG